AUUGCAGAAACCCGGACUACAAAGCUGAAGGUCAGAGGAAGCUCAUCUUUCAUACAGCAUUUCCAUUAACCGUAGAUACAGUCAUCCAGAAAAAUUGAGUGUGAAAUAAGUGUCUUGUGCAUAGUUGAUAAACAAGUAGAAAAGAAAUUGAAGAGUUUUCCAAGGGAAACUUCUUAUUAUUUUUCUCUUCCUCAAUAGCUUGUGCUUUUGAUUGUAUAGUUGGAAAAGGUGAAAUAGAUAAAGUAUGAGAGAGACAGAAAAGAAGAAAGCUUUGCCAAACAAAAAUCAUGUAAAACGUACUGGGAGAGGGGAUAAGGGAGAACAUAAACUACUUCAAGAGAAUACCUCCAAAAAGUUUAAUGCAAAAGAAUUUGAAUCUAAAAUUUUGGACUCUAAUCCAAGCUCCAUCAUCUUAGUAAGAGAUUCAAACUCAGGCACAGAGUCUACUGAGGUAUAUGAAGACAUGGUUAUACGUUACGUGGAUGAUGUCUACAGGUCUGAGGAGGCAGCAGUAGAUUCAGAAGCCCCUGAAAUGGCUGCCAGAGAGAACAAGGAUGAUUUAGAAGAACAUUCCAGUGAUAUGGAAAAGAAUCCAAAGCAAGUCAAUAAAGAAUCUGAUUGUGAGACGGUGAAAGAUUCUGUAUCAUCUCAAGGGGAUGGGCAGACAAUUCAGGAUGACAAGGUAGAAAGGACUCCUAAGGUUCCUAAAAAGCUUGUGAAAAAGGAAUCUUCUGAAAUCCAUUCCCAUGCAUCAAGAGCAAGAACUGAUCGGCAUGAAUUGAAUAAACAAAAAAUCAAUGCUUCACAUACUCAAAAGAAAUCCGUGAAAUCCAAAACAGGGCCUUCUAAAGUGAUUUCUAAAACGGUUGAUGAUGACAAACCAAAGAAUAUGAAAGUUCAUCCUAGGUCUUCAUCGGAAUCAUCUGAAGGAGUUGAUGAUAAGCCUAUUGAAGAGGUGAAGGAGAUAGAUAUUUUGGAUGAGGCACCACAUGGUGCUCUGAGCAUUGGAAGUGAAGAUGAAUCUGUUGAUGCAGAAGGAGAUGGUUUGGAUGAAGAAAAAGAAGUUUUAAAUCAAAGGAUUGAAGAAAUGGAACUGCGAAUAGAGAAACUUGAAGAAGAGCUAAGAGAAAUUGCUGCUCUUGAGAUUUCACUUUAUUCUAUUGUAUCAGAACAUGGGAGCUCAGCCCAUAAGGUGCACACCCCAGCUCGACGUCUUUCAAGAAUAUAUAUUCAUGCUUGUAAGCAUUGGACUCAAGUCAAGCAAGCAAGUGUUGCUAGAAACACAGUCUCAGGGCUUGUAAUGAUAGCCAAGUCUUGUGGUAACGAUGUCCCAAGAUUAACCUUUUGGUUAUCAAAUACCAUAGUCCUUAGAGAGAUUAUCUCUCAAGCAUUUGGCAAUCUGCAUCACUCAGGACCAAGGGUCACCGAGUCAAAUGGUGUCAGCUAUAGAAGUGAAGGCAAACCUUCGUCAUUCAAGUGGAAGGGGAGCUCUGGAGGUAAACAAGUGAAGAAACUUGAUUUCAUCCAACUUGUUGAUGACUGGCAGGAAACAAGCACGUUUACAGCUGCCCUAGAAAAGGUUGAAUGCUGGAUUUUCUCUCGCAUUGUUGAGUCAGUGUGGUGGCAGGCUUUAACUCCGUACAUGCAAUCUCCAGUUGAGGAUGUGCAUGCCAACAAAAGCUUUAAAAGACUCUUGGGACCAGCUUUAGGUGAUCAGCAGCAGGGAAGAUUUUCUAUUAACCUUUGGAGAAGUGCUUUCCAGGAUGCCUCACAAAAACUGUGUCCUGUCCGAUCAGGAAGGCAUGAGUGCGGUUGCUUGCCAGUGUUGGCAAGAAUGGUAAUUGAACAAUGUGUGGCCAGGCUGGAUGUUGCAAUGUUUAAUGCUAUUCUGCGUGAGUCGGCCCAUGAGAUUCCAACUGAUCCUGUAUCAGAUCCAAUUGUUGAUCCCAAGGUGCUGCCUAUUCCAGCUGGCGACCUCAGCUUUGGAUCCGGUGCACAACUCAAAAAUUCUGUUGGCAAUUGGUCUAGAUGGUUGGCAGAUAUAUUUGGUAUGGACAGUACUGAGUCCCUGAAGGAAGAACAGGUCAACGGUGAAGACGAAGACAGACGAGGUGGGAAUGCUGAACCCAAGUCCUUCCGCCUACUUAAUGAAUUGAGUGAUCUUCUGAUGCUCCCAAAAGACCUGCUUAUGGACAGAUCCAUCAGGAAAGAGGUAUGCCCCUCCAUAAGCCUCCCCUUAAUUAAGCGGAUCCUAUGCAAUUUUACUCCUGAUGAGUUCUGCCCGGAUCCUGUACCAGGGGCUGUCCUGGAGUUCCUGAAUGCUGAGAGUGUGGUGGAACGGAGAUUAUCAAAUGGGGUGUCAGUCAGCAGCUUCCCAUGUACAGCAGCCCCAGUUGUUUACAUCCCUCCUUCCCUAGUUGAUAUCACAGAGAAAGUUGGAGAUGUUGGAGGAAAAUUGCAGUUGGAAAGGAAUGUGUCGAUGGUUCAAAGAAAAGGGUAUACCAGUGACGAAGAACUGGAUGAAUUGGACUCUCCUCAAACAUCCAUCAUUGAUAAAAUGCCACCAUCGCCAACCAUAGGAAAUGGGAAUGGAAAUGGAAAUCACAAACAGGAUACCAGUUACAGUGGAGGGCAGGUGAGGUAUGAACUCCUUAGGGAGGUCUGGUCUGUUUGAGUGAUGCAAAGUUAUUUAUACAUAUAUAUACCUCUUGUUUAUGUACAGA